GCGGCUCCACACCAUACACCAGAAUCAAAUCAGAGAGAAAUGUCAAAGUCUGUCUUUUGCUUUUCUGUUACCACGAAACAAAGGACAAAGUCACCCACCACUCACGAGAACGGAAAGUCUUCCUUCUACUGUUCUACAACUAGGAAUACUCUCUCUCUCUCUUAAACUUCUAUACCCAACUUCCGUUUCUGAGGUGGGAAUUAUCCAAACAUGGCGGUGUGCGCGACCGACACGGCUCGACAGCUCUCGUGCCGGGACAGUCGAGCAGCGGCACAUCUUAAGCUCAUAUCGAUCCUCGUGAUCUUCGUCACGAGCGUCGUCGGGAUAUCGUCUCCGGUGAUGCUAGCUCGAUUGUUCCACGGCAAGCCGGUCUACGACAAGGCCAUCCUAAUAAUCAAGUGCUUCGCGGCGGGCGUCAUCCUCUCCACCUCCCUCGUCCACGUCCUCCCCGACGCCUUCGACGCCCUCGCCGACUGCCAGGUCUCGUCCCGCCACCCGUGGAAGGACUUCCCCUUCUCCGGCCUCGUCACCCUCAUCGGCGUCCUCACCGCCUUGCUCGUCGACCUCACCGCCACGUCACACGUCGACAGCCACGGCCACGGCCACGGCCAUGGGAAGAACAGUCAUUACGCGCCGAUUGGGACGAGCGAGGAAUUGGCGGCGAGGAGGAAAUCGGCGGAGAGUGGGGGGGAGUUGGGGGUUAUCGGCGAGCGGAGUGCGGCGGAGGAGUUGUUGAGGAUGAAGCAGAGGCUGGUGUCGCAGGUGCUGGAGAUAGGGAUAAUAUUUCACUCGGUGAUUAUAGGGGUGACGAUGGGGAUGUCGCAGAACCAGUGCACGAUCAGGCCGCUUGUGGCGGCGCUGGCGUUCCACCAGAUCUUUGAAGGGAUGGGGCUUGGAGGUUGUAUUGCUCAGGCGGGGUUCAGCUUCGGAACAACGGCCUACAUGUGCUUCUUGUUUUCGGUGACAACGCCCGUGGGAAUAGUAUUGGGGAUGAUCAUAUUCUCGUUAACUGGUUAUGAUGACAGCAGUCUCAACGCCUUGAUUCUCGAAGGGAUAUUGGGUUCCCUCUCUUCAGGUAUCCUCAUUUACAUGGGUCUCGUCGAUCUCAUAGCCCUCGACUUCUUUCACAGCAAGUUGAUGAGUUCCGAGCCUUGGUUGAAAAAGGCAUCGUUUGUAGCCCUUGUUCUUGGAUCUACCUCUAUGUCUAUCCUUGCCCUUUGGGCCUGAAAAUUGGUGCAAAGCAAUUGAAGAAUAAUCUUUGAAAUUUGGUGCAACUAUCACAAUUCUCAGCUGAAUCUUGUCAAUAUUGCUAUGACAGUGCGACCAACGCAUUUGUACGAGCUUUAGGUAUUUUUCCGUUUGACUUUUGUUGUAACCGUCUCAGUUCAAUUGAAAGUUCCAACGGGAUCCAUUAA